ACGUGUGUGGCUAGUGCAGACCACUUCUUCAAGAUAAAUUCAUUCAGUGGCUUAUCACAUGUCGAGCGUGAUUGUGAAAUUUUGUUUUACAAAUUGUUUUCUCAAUUUUAAUCUCCGAAAAUUUACGCCCUCAACUAUUUGGAUAUCAACUCGUGAAGUCUCACGUUUGCAUCAUCAUCCAACAACCAGCUAUACAGUACCAAGAUCCCCCACGUGUUUGAAAAGGAUGGGGCCACAGUGCACAGCAUGGAAUGUUUAUAGAAAGAAAACGUUUCCUUGCCAAGGUGGAUUCACAAGGUCGCCAAAUGUAUCUAGAUAUCUCACAGGUGGGAUCUCGGGGCGCUCUCUUGUGUGCCCUGUUGUCCCAUCUCUUGGGAAUGUCAGAAGAAAUGGAAAAUAGUGGACACGUCUAGCAGAGUGUUUUAGACCACUCAGUUUAUUGUGAUUCAAUCCUCUGACUGGAUAGUACCAUAGCAACUGUGAGCACGACACUACUUGCUUGUGGCUUUCCGUGUUUAUUUGGAUUCCCAGUUUCCAGAAAACUGAACUAGUAAAAACCCAUGAGAGAUUUUCUGUGCUAAGGUGUUGCUUGGCCCCGGUACUAUUCAUUCCUUCGUGCUCAAUCAUCGUAUGAAAUCAAAAUGAAUUUACUGGAAGCGAAAUUCUUGACAAUGUCUGUCCUUGGAUUAGUUUCAAUUCUCCUUGGUUUAUUACCAAUACUGAUUGUAAAGAAGCUUGGUUUGACAAUGUCAUCGACCGGGAACGCCAUGUCGGCGUUCACUCGAACAGCUCUUUCAGGGAUCUUAUGUUUUGGCGGAGGAGUAUUAAUGGGAACGGGUUUCCUUCAUCUGUUGCCUGAAGUCCAUGAAGGAUGGCAGAGGUAUACAAAGGAAAACGACAUCGACGUGAACCUCCCUCUUGGCAUUGUUGUCAUCUGCGCUGGUUUCUUUCUUGUCUACUUUGUGGAAGAACUGGCCCAUCUGAUGGCUGAUCGUCACGCCCAUAACGAAACAGACGUAUCCAUUCACCGUGCAGUAUCUAUUCGGGGUUGCCCCGUUAGUCUUGAAGGUCCAGCUCCACCUUGCGAGCCAUCCGGGUGUCAAAAUGCGGAUAACGAAGCGUCAUGCCAAGACAGCACUAUUUGCCAAUUGGAUUGCGACGUCAAGGAGUUUUGUCGUGAUGUCACUGAAGGAGGAGAAUGUUCUUCGAAAACAUGCCCUCCCGCCGAAGGGACGAGCACUGCAAUUCGCCACCUCGACCCGAUUGAAAGGAACGAUGGCUACGGAACAUUCGGAACCGUAGAUAGCCAGAAGAAUCACGCAAAGCGUGACCUCGAGCACGUAGGAGAAAACCAUCUGGUGAAUUGUAAUCUACGCUGUGGAAAUCAAAACUCAAAACCGUCACACUGGACGGUAGACGGGGAUGAUUUUUUUCAAAAACGUUCACUGUCGAGCGGUCAACACAGCCACGACUUGCAUCACCAUCAUGGAUUGAUGAUGGAGAAUGGACACUGCGUCGGAGCUCCGCUCCGCGGAUUACUUUUUAUCGUUGCUCUGUCACUACACGAAAUCCUGGAAGGUGUAGCCGUCGGUCUGCAAAAGAAUCAAUCUGGCGUUUUGCAGCUUUUUGCUGCUGUGGCCAGUCAUAAGUUCGUGAUCUCCUUUUGUGUGGGCCUCGAGUUCUCCACUAGUGGAAUCUCAUUACUCAGACAUACUAUUUACAUCCUUGUCUUUUCUCUCGUCACUCCAUUAGGAAUUGGCAUUGGUAUCUUUAUGACUAUCACUAGCUCUCGCGAAGAAAAUCUUGACGAUUCCUUGAGUUCGUUGAUUAUGCAAGGUCUUGCCUGUGGAACCAUACUUUACGUAGCUUUUUUCGAAAUUCUCGAGCGAGAGCGAUCGAAAUCCAUCGUUGGAUUGAUUCAAUGGAUAUUACUUGUUUUCGGAUUCUGUGCAAUCAUGGGAUUGCAAAUGUUAGCUACUGAACCGGAUUUCGAAUUGGACCAUUCGAAAUCAAACGUCACCAUUCGGGAAACGUAACUGCAAAUUGAAGUUAUUCAUUCAGUUCUACAAAUUCAACACCUUACUUACCUUUUGCUUCCUUUUAAAGAUUUAACCUAUGUAAACAGAAAUGAAAUGCAAAUCCGUUGGUGUGCGUCGAAAACAAUACCGAAAUAACCUAAUGACACGUAACUAUACCUAAGUUAAUAGCAUUCCUAUAUUAUCUCGUUAAAAAAAAAGUUAACCACAACAAUGCAAAACUCUCCUAUGCAAAACUACGAAAUAAACUCGGAGCCAGGCAAUAUAAAUUUUUAUUACACCAGGACAUGUUUAUAUAUUUUUCCACACACCACAAGAAUUACCUAUUGAUUGUAGAAGCUUAGCGCAACAACAGUGAUGCCGAUGAAUCAUCUGAGACUGUGGUAAACAUACGUUGAUCAAACGAUCACCUACGUUGCUGUAAUGACAGGCAGCGCAAAAAAGGAUUGAGCAUUGUUUCUUGAGCAAGGAAAAGAGAAAGUCAAACUUUAGGAUAACGGUGUUCUUCCAAAAAGAAAAGUGAAAACAUAAAAGGAAAUGGAUAUAGAAGUAUCCCCCGCAAUUAACUCUGAUUCAGCCAAUAAAAAGAGGAAGAUUGGGCAAAAUACAGAGACCUCCAUAUCCACUUCACUUUUCAAUAAUAACUCACGCAUUAUCCCACGGGCCCCACGGGUGAUACGUGAUGGAAAGGUGGCUGUUAUCUAUCAACCACAUCACGGCCUCGGCUGGUACUCAGAACACCGAAUAGAAGCUCUCCUUUUCGCUCCCGAGAUUGUUGACAUGAUCGAAAACGAUGUUUCGGGAUCCAAAAUUUAUGAAUACUGCUAUAAGAUGAAUUAUGGUUGGAGUGUGAUGGAUACUAUUUGUUAUGGCCUCAGUAUCAAAUGGGUGCCAGUUUCUGAAGAAUUCCGAAUCCAUGAUAGUGAUGGCAGAGAAACAGUUGUUAUGAAAUCUACUGAUCAAUGGUUCAAAGCAUAAAGCUGUAAAAAAUUGUUUUGUACAGAUUUAAUAUGACAACAAAAUUAUCCCAAUA